UUCUGCAGUUCGUUUAAGUCAAACACUCCCCGUGAUCAAGAUGGCCGAUGUCAACGUCACCAAGAAUGAGCUUGAACAGGCUCAGAGUCAAGAGAUGGGACAGCCAGACGAUAGAAUCAGCAGAAUUGACAGUGUCCAAGUUGGUAAUGUCGACAAACCACAAGGGGACGGGAUCUAUGCCGAAGCUCUCGCACAAUAUCCAACCGACGAUUCAAUCGACCCGAUAUUGGAGAAGAAAGUCAGAAGGAAACUAGACCGACUGAUUAUCCCUGUUCUGGGGGUUUGCUACUUUUUCUACUAUGUUGACAAAACAACACUUUCCUAUGCUGCCAUCUUUGGCCUCAAAGAUGACCUCAGCCUUAGAGGUGACGAGUACUCUUGGCUCUCAAGCAGCUUCUACUUUGGUUGGCUGAUCUGGGCCAUUCCCUCGAACCUCCUCAUGCAACGCAGCCCUCCUGGUUACUACUUGGCCUUCAACAUUUUCAUGUGGGGUGCUCUACUCAUGACGCAGGCCGCUGCAAAGAACUUUGCCGGCCUUCUCGCUCUUAGAAUCCUUUCUGGUGCAUUCGAAGCCAUCGCGGACCCGGCUUUCAUGCUCAUUACUUCCAUGUACUUCACGCGUGAAGAGCAACCGAGUCGUAUAUCAGCUUGGUAUGCUUUCAAUGGUAUAGGCGUUGCUGGCGGAGGUUUGAUAGGUUAUGCCAUUGGCAACAUCAAAGGAGCACUUCAGUCAUGGCGUUAUGAGUUCCUUGUAGUCGGUGCUUUUUGUUCUGCUUGGGCCAUCGCUCUCGUCCUGCUACUGCCCAAUUCUCCUCGUACCAUUCGAGGUUUCUCCCACGAUGAGAAGCUCGUCAUGAUCGCUCGAAUGCGACGCAACCAAACUGGUAUCGAACAGCGAAAAAUAAACUGGGGUCAAAUCAAAGAAGCCUACCUCGACUACAAGACAUGGCUAUUCACCUUGCUUGGCUUCGUUUCUAAUGUCCCCAACGGUGGAAUUUCAAACUUUUCAACGCUGGUCAUCCAGGGACUAGGGUUCGAUACGCUUCAUACGGCUCUCCUGGGUAUUCCUCAGGGCGUCCUCGUGGUCAUCUGGAUCGGACUUGGUGCUCUGGCAAAUAAGUAUAUGCCCCCCAAUAGCCGAACUCUGGUCAGCGCUAUUUUCAUGAUUCCAACGAUAGCCGGAGCGCUCGGCUUUCUUCUAGCGCCAGAAGAUGCUUACGUUGGUCGCUUGAUCUGCUUUUACCUCACUGGGUCUUAUCAGGCGUCAUUUGUUAUCUGCCUUUCUCUAAUCACUUCAAACACUGGAGGCCAGUCGAAAAAGAUGAUUGUUUCUGGUAUGAUUUGGUUUGGUGCCUGUGUUGGCAACAUUGCCAGCCCCUUUUUCUACCGCCCCGAACAAGCACCCUCUUACCACCUCGGUAUCGGAUCCCUUCUUGUCGCCAACUGCAUCGAGUUCGCACUGUUUUUCGUCUUCAGAUAUGCCUUCAAGUGGGAAAAUAAACGGAAAGAGCAGCAUCGUGAGGCUUUACGAGCAGCGGGCCAUGAUUUUACUGCCAACACUACUGCGUUCAUGGAUAUGACGGAUAAGGAAAACCCGAAUUUUGAAUACGUGUACUAGGAGAUGUGCUGCCAUUUCAAGCUACCGAGUCUCUUCAAACGAAUAUAACUACUAUUCACCUGUACUAGCUUCAUAGUUGUAUAUUUUACGAUAUCUCUCUAUACUUCAUAUGGGUUGUGUGCGCCAAGCUAAAACACUUUUGCUCAGGCACAACUGUAUCGCUAUUACGACAGACGCACUAGGGGAGGCAAGAAAACUUGAUAUCUCUGUCUUAGGUGACAAAAAGACUUAAUUAUGCUUAAGAUAUCUUAGUAGGCCUUUAGAGCAGUUUAUUUUGGCACCCCGAUUUAAUGUCAAAAGUUUUGCUCCUGAGGACGCCUAAUCAUCUCCUAAUACAGCCAAAGUCGAUUUGUCUCAAAAUGUUAUUCUGUAGGCAUUGUUCAACUUUGUUCUAUUAUUUGUCAAUAUUGAUGGAUGUGCAGUUCACAAAAUUCAAAGAAGCUCAAGGCCUUGAUGC